UCGGCUCACGAUCAGUCUUUUUUUAGACCCCGUGCUUUCCGGACGUGAGCGUAGAGCAAGAUUCAGAACGUAAGAUUCUCAGCAAGAAGAUACUGAAACAGUGAAAGUGCCGACGGAGACACAAUAAACUAUAUGACUUUCUCGGAUAAUUUAAGUAGUAUAAAAGUAAAACAUGGAAAGCCUGCCACGCGCAUUGACUUACGAACUGUCGCAUGAUAUACAUUUCGACCACUACGCUGGAACGGCGGCUCAGCAGAUUCUGAACAGUGUCAAACAGUCGUCUGUGGUCGAGGAAUCAACACCCAGAAUCACCACUCUGGACGCCCUGGCCAUAAGUGAUUUCCUGCAGCACAUUGGAGCUACGAUUAUUAACUCCAUUCAGCUAAAGCAUCAUCAUCAGGUUAGCGAAGCUACUUCCCCCCCAAGAAACUCCAGUGAGGCGGCUAUGGACUUUGACGUGGCCAACCAUGUGAUCCUGGACGGAAGCACUGUGGAUCAGCUGCAGCAGCAGCUGGAAUACGACAAGUUCAUGAACGAGGUGUGGAUGGGUAUCGUUUUCACAAUGAUCCUCAUAUCGUUGGUCUUUUGCAUCUGCUCGUGCUUUCUUUACCAUCAGUUUCGGACUUGGAAACACAACAAUCGCAGUAAUCCGAAUAAUUCCACACAGUGCACAAUUGUUGAUAUCGAAGCAUUGAAGCUGCAUCCGGAUGCAGCUGAUCCUGUGCCGGAAUAUACAUUGGUAUCGGGCUUACCUAGCUACGAAGCGGCAUUGGAGCUUUUGUACAAAGCACCACAAUCAUCAUUCUUGCUUGUCUAUCCAAGCGUGUUUAAUGUAUUCAAUAGGAACGAAAUAGCUAUCUCCGACUCAACAGCAACAUCCGCAUCAGCAACAGGCCAACAAACAAUAAGAACUGAAAAUGGUGCAGCUGAAAAUGUAGCAACUCCACAAACAGUUUCGUUUAGUGAGAUAACAAUGCCCCUCCUACCACCUAGCACCACUCCAUCAGCGACAUUAAUGGAUGCAUCAAUAAUAGCACCGGUUAUAGCCACUCCCACGACCACAUUUGAAGAGAUUAAGACUAACUAUGUAAUGAUGCCGGUUGUUACCAGUUAUGCGGAGGUCGAUGAGAAAAAUAAAUUAAAAACAAAAGACAACCUGUGCAAAGACUUUAGGCGAUAAAGGCGGAUAUAUGAUUCGUUCUUAUAGAUAACAAAUUAACUGAGCUGUGUGAUAUCAAUCAUUAUAUUGAUAUCGAUGGGCCUCACCAACCACCUGUGUAGGUACAUAAGUUUUAGCAAAGCGCUGUGAUUAUAAAAAAGACGUUACUGCAAAACGUGUUGCUGAAAAAUAUUAGGCGGUCAUAUAGUUUAAUGAAAAUUUUAAUUCAAAAGUUUUUAUUUUCGGACUUAAAAAUUAUAUUUAUAUUGAUAUUAGAUUAAGAUUAGGCCACCAACCGAAUUUUUAUUGUUAAAUAAUAAGCAAAUUGUAUGCAACUUUAAAGUGUACAUAUUUUAAACUGAAAUUAGAGGGAGAAAGAUUAACCUCUUCCUUCCCCUUAUAAUGAACUGAAUUACUUAAGCCCCCAGUAACAUACAUAUGUACAUUAUUAUUCUAAAAUCAAUCCAAAUACAUUAAUAUAAGUCUUCGAUUCUGCAGAAAGGGAUUGGAUUGGCCCACAAAUCCGUCCAUUAACAUACCCAAAUUUCUAUCGUUUUAGAGAUUUAUAAAUAGCUUACAGCUUCAGUUCGUAGCAAACAGCAACAGUUCAAAGCAAAUGGCUGAGGAGAACCAACCAAAAUAGAUUGAGAGAGUUUCAUAGAUAGAUAGAUAGUUAGACAGAUAGCGAUAGCUUGGGUUUGACAUUGAGCUAAGGGCGCUUGAUAGCUUGUUCUAAAUGCGACCGUGUUGAUUUCUGUUCCCUGUAUUGAAUCGUAUAGCAACUGCGACUGCAAUUGUUGUACACAAUGCAUUUGUGCAAUUGUUAUUUCGUAUUGAUAAGCUAGUAAAUCCAACUAUAGGAAUGCAAAUCGCUUUUGAUUCCUCCCUGCAUAGACAAUAGACAUAAUCUCAAACACUGAUUUCAUAGCAUGAAUGUUGUCCUUUAAAUUCCCGGAGGGCACAAAAGAAAACGUUUCCGACCCCAUAAUGUAUACAUAUAUACAUAUG